AUGUCCACAAAUUCCACGUAUCCCUACGAUAUUCCUCUACCAUUAAAUUGUAUUCAAGGAUUCGAUAAUUUUCUUGAAAUUUUGAAAUUCGUUUGUCAAAUGGGUUACCUGAUUCCUGGUUGGGUGUUGCAUAUUCUAAUUUUGAAGACGAUUUUGUGGAAGGAAUCGAGAGUGUUUUUGCAUAACUCGUUUUUUGUGAUCUAUGCGUUGGAUUCGUUUGCGGUGAGGGAUUUUGUACAAAAACCGGUCUUGCAGCGAGGUGCAACGCGUGUGCGUCGCGGUCAGAAAAUGUUUUUUUGAAUUUUUCACAAAAAUCAUCGCUGGGAAGUUUAUGAUUAUUUUGUAUGAGCUCAGAAAUCGGCUCUAUCGCAAUAUAAGGGUCCCAUGGAAAUAUAAGGGUCCCAAAAAAUAUAAGGGUCCGUUAUUUUUUUUGAGGGUCCACCAAAAAAAAUUUUUUUUUGAAAAAAAAAAGUAUUUUUUCUAAUUUCAAUUAUUUAUUUUUCGUUUUUUUUUUUAAUUUUUCAUAUUUUUUUUAGCCAGUCAGUAUGUUUCUAGGGGGUUUACUAAGCCUAAGCCUAAAAUAAUAGAGAAAUUUUGAAUCCUCUGGUAACUCUAUUUUCGGCUUUUCAACAUCAGAAUUAGCGUGCAUACCGUUCUGAAAAGUAGUGCAAAGAAUCGUCAAAAAAAUAUUUUUUUUUGGGGGACCCUUAAAACAAAUAACGGACUCUCGUAUUUCCAUGGGACCCUUAUAUUGAGAUAGAGCCAAAUUCAGAGCUUCAUCAUGUUAUCCUUCGAUAUCACAUUCACCCGCGCAAUAAUGUACAUCCCCCCACUCUGCCCAAUUCUAUCCCCGUAUUUCUACACACCAUCCCUAUUCCUAAAACUAGCCUAUGUUGUUCCGAAUUAUAUGAAAGCUAUGAAAUCGGUCACUCAAAUAUUUAUGAAUAUCAAUCGAAUGCACUGCAUUCUAUAUCCAAUCACUUAUAAAGCCACGUGGAAUCGGAAAAUGAUCCCAAUCGUUCUCUUUAUUCUAUUGAGCCCGUGCUUGGUGACGUGGAAUUUGGUGAUUUCUCGAAUCACGGUGUUUCCGAUGUUUGGUGGAUUCGGAGUUUCGUAUAUCAAAAGGGUCGCUUGGGCAAGCUUGUCAACAUUUCAUUUUAUAUUUUUGUCCACAGCAGUUAUUAUAACUAUAGUUUGCACAAUUCUAUCGGUUUUUGUUUUGACAACUCUUCCAAUGCGAGUGAAAAAUGCGGAGAAAACGUUGUGCAUUGCUAACUUCUUGAUCUCUGUUGGUUUUAUCCUCACCGCGAUUUGUCAGGUAUCCGUUUGAAACCUACGAUCCGUCGACAGAUUUUUGUUUAGAGCAUCUAUGCAUUCUGCGCGAAGUGUCCUUCAGAUUUCCUAUUUGGUAUGCAAUAUUUGAGUCAUGAUUUUUUGAAUAUUAUUUCUCCGAUGAUUGUGAUUUGCAUGAGCUCGCAACUUCGCAACUCGAUUUUUCCUGUGAAGUUUUUGAGACCGGUUUCGGUUGUGCCAUCUGGGACGUCGCAGAAUAAUUUGAGCUGA